AUGUCAGAGUUGAGUAAGAGAAUGAAGGCCCUGGAGGCCGAAGAAUUCCUAUUAAACCAUAAUCCGAACAGAACGACGCUGUUUCCAAUAGUAUACCCAGAUUUCUGGGAGUGGUACAAGAAGGCGCAGGCGUCGUUUUGGACAGCUGAGGAAAUAGACUUCUCAAUGGACAUGGUACACUGGAACAAGCUGACGAAGGACGAACACCACUUCAUAUCAAACGUGUUAGCCUUUUUUGCAGCAAGUGACGGAAUCGUGCUUGAGAACUUGGCGCUGAAGUUCCUCAGAGAUGUUAAGUUGCCGGAAGCACAGAGCUUCUACUCCUUCCAAAUAGCAGUUGAAAACAUACACUCGGAGACAUAUAGUCUACUAAUAGAGAAUUACAUCAAGGACGAGGCGGAAAAAAACAGACUAUUCAUGGCAAUAGAAACUAUCGAUGCGGUGAAGGACAAGGCGAACUGGGCCAAAAAAUGGAUCACGGACGAUAAUUCGUUUGCAGAGAGAAUAGUAGCAUACGCCGCAGUCGAAGGUAUCUUGUUUAGUGGGAGCUUCUGCGCACUCUUCUGGCUGAAAAAAAGAGGACUGAUGCCAGGGCUCACCUUCAGCAACGAGCUGAUAGCGAGAGACGAGGGGCUUCACGCGGAUUUUGGCUGCUACAUAUACCAAAAUUUAAAGCAUAAAUUACCGCAGGAGGCAGUGCAGCAGAUAAUUAAGGAGGCAGUGGUGGUGGAGAGGAGUUACAUAUGUGACUCGCUGCCCUGCGAUUUGAUAGGAAUGAACUCACCUCUAAACAAAUUUUUUCUAGAGCUCAUGACCCAGUACAUCGAGUUUGUGGCCGACAGGCUGCUUAAAGCACUGGGCGUCGACCCAGUGUACAACGUAACAAACCCAUUCGACUGGAUGGACCUGAUUUCAGUGCAAGUAAGUCGAGUGUGCGGUCUAAUGAUUCUUAAGGGGAAAACCAACUUCUUUGAGAAGAGAGUUGGAGAGUAUCAAAAGGCGGGGAUCAUGGCGAAAAAGGUUGAACAGAAGUUCACAACGAACGACUUGGAGUUUUAG